AUGGACUUCCCAGCCGCCAACCACAUCAAUUCCACCGGCGGAUCCGGCGCCGAACCAGGCUUCAACUACUUCUUCCCGGCCGAGCACGCCAAAAUCAUCGUGCUCAAAUGCUCUGCCCAGCCGUGGACCCUCACACCCGGUUCCUACACCGACAUCCCUUUCCACGCCGCGAAAGUGCCCUCUAGCGUGACGAUGGCCGAGUUGUUGGCUGGGUUUGGGGCGGAUAACCCGGAGGCGGGGAUGAAUCAGAUGUGGGAGGUGUAUCCGCAGGGAGGCGGGGUGUGGGGGUGGAAGGAACAUGUCAAGGGGGAUGAUGGGGUGAUGAUGGGACGGACGGUGAAGGAUAUGGGGUGGGUGGAACGGGUGGAGGGGGAGUUGAAGACGGUUUAUUUGUGGAUUAGUAAGGCUUAG